AUGGUAGCUUGGGCAGCUUUAGGCGCAAUGGGAACAAAAGCAUUAGCAUUUGGAGCAAAAGCACUUGGAGCUUAUGACGCAGUAAAUAAAAUGAGUGGAGGAAGGGUUUCAAAGACAUUAGAUGCAAAUAAAGGGAAGAUUGGAGGCUGGGUUGCAAAGAAGUUAAGAUUAAAUAAAAUAGGGCUCAUAAAUAAAGCAUCCAAUUUGGUUGCGACUGAGUCAGAAAAUGCUUUAGGAAAGGACGAUGAGUUUGCAAAACACGCAAAAGACUUUAAUGACCAGAUGAAAGGUGAAACAAUGCAUUUAAAUAGAGUCGAUGGAACUAAAGAAGAUGUUUCUUCUCCACCAGUAGUUCUUCCGUAUGGUCCCUAUGGAAUGUAUGGAAACCCUUACGA